GGAAAUUUUGUUUUUAUCACUCUCACUAUUUCCAUAUCUAGAGCUGUCAUCAUCACAUUUAAGGUAGAAUUCACAUGGGAUCGCGUCAGGUUAUUCGAUCAGGACAUCGUUCAAGCGUUGGAUACUGUCGAAUUGGAGAAGCUGGCAGUUCGAAAGUUAAAGAUGAGCGCAAAACAUGCCAUGGAUGUUGCCGAAAGAUUGUACAAUAAGGGAUAUAUCUCAUAUCCAAGAACCGAAACCAACAAAUUUCCUCCUGACAUCAAUUUGUCGUCACUCCUCAAUAAACUAACGAGUUCUGCUCUAUGGGGUGAUUUUGCCAACGAGGUGUGCUGCUUUUCAAGCUAUGAAAUCUCUGGUCCCGUAACCUUCUCCAUAGAUCCUGGAGCAUGGCCCGAAUCCACGAAAUGUGGGUCCUUACAAGGAGAUGAUUGGAGAAUCUAUGAACUGAUAGUACGACACUUCCUUGCUUGCCUUUCAUGGGAUGCUAAGGGACAAGAAACGCGAGUUGACUUGAGGAUCGGUGGCGAAAUAUUUCAUGCUACUGGAUUGUACAUUCAAGAUCUAGGAUAUUUAAGAAUUUAUCCUUAUGAGCGCUGGAGCGACAAGACAUUGCCAUCCUAUGUUGAGGGUGAACAUCUACACGAUUACCAAUUGAGAAUUGCUGAUGGUCAGACGCAACCACCGGAAUUACUAAACGAAGCGGAUUUGAUUGCCUUGAUGGAUAAAUAUGGCAUUGGAACAGAUGCAACACAUGCGGAGCACAUCGAGAAGAUUAAGACAAGACAGUAUGUGGGUGUGCGAGAGGAUGGACGCUUCAUUCCUGGUUACCUCGGGCUUGCUCUCGUUGAUGGUUACGAUGCAAUGGGUAUUUGGCUACCUUGCCCUCUAUGA